GACGACGACGGGUCUCGCUGUUGACCGGUUGGUUGCGUGCCCCUCUGGGCAAUGGGUUUGCUGGAAUAUUAUUGGCAUUCAUUUUAAAAGCAAUCCACAAGCAAGCGGCAAAAUGUUCGCAAUACUCGUGUGCAUCCUGGCUAUCCUGUGCCCCAUCUUGUACACCCGGUACAAGCCGUCCAGGUACUACGUCAAGAUCGGCCUGUACUACUUCAUCUUGACCAUGGUGUCAAUCUUCAGCAUCGGGCCGUCCCUGCUGCACUAUAAAGAUCCACGCAAUUUCAUGUACGCGUCAAACAUGCUAAGGCGUAUAUCAUCUGUAUUUGGCAUCACAUUCAAGGUCAUCAACCCGGACAGAAUACGAAAAAACCAACGUUACGUCUUUGUCGCCAACCAUCAGACCUCUUUGGACGUUUUAGGCAUGUUGCUUCACUGGCACCUGUUUAACCCUUGCGUCCCCGUUAUCAAGAAGGAACUGCUGUGGACGGGACCCGUGGGAAUCUUUUGUUGGUUGUGCGGUUCUGUCUUUGUUGACCGUCAGAACUCAGACAUAGGCCGUGCGGCCCUCUACGAUAAGCUCGAACUAGUCUCCCACGGAAAGUGCAGUCUGUUUAUAUACGCCGAGGGGACGCGGAACCAGUCCACCAAGAUGCUCAAGUUCAAGAAAGGGGCGUUUUUCAUGGCAGUGCAGUGCAAGGUUCCGGUCCUCCCAAUCGUCUACUCGCAGUACUCAAGAUUCCUCGACGUCUCGAAGAAAAUCUACACUGACGGAAAGAUCACCAUGACCAUCCUGCCAGAAGUGAGCACGGAAGGGCUAACUGAAGCUGACGCUCCUGCUCUAAGCGAGAAGGUCCAUGAUAUCAUGCAGGAUUGCAUCGACGAUGAAAUCGGAGACAUGAUGAUCUGGGGGGAGAGCUUCAACACGGUCAAUACUUUUCGUGAAACCGAUUUCGACGCUGGACCCAGUGCCGCCGAAGCCGUGCAGAUCCAAGCAGCACUGGACGCAAUGAUGAAUGAAAGCGCCCAGGAAAAACCUGUCGAAAGCACCUCCGACAAGAAGGGGAGUGCGCCACCUACCGUUCAUCCGGCGAAAUCUGAAACUGGCAAAGGUGCAGAAGAAACCGCCCCCAAGGACACGACAACGGCGAAACAGAGUGAGAAACCUGCAGCCACGGCGAAACAGAGUGAGAAACCUGCAGCUACGGCGAAACAGAGUGAGAAACCUGCAGCCACGGAUUCCGCCAUUCAUGCUGCAGCGCCGCCUGGAUCCAGUGCUCCUACGAAAGCGAAGUCCCCCACAGAUGCGCAGAGCGCUGUCGCCGCAGCCACGGAGCCUCACAAGGCUAAGUCGCCCACACACCACGCUGCAGGGGCAAAAUCCAGUGGAAGUUCCCACAGCAAGGAAAGUGCUCAUGAAAAACACUCCGGGCAUAGCGUACAUUCCACGGAAUCCAAGUCAUCGACCGAAGAUAAGACAACUAAGAGCUCAGCGCCAGUGACAAGCCCCUCAAACGCUGCUAAAAGCAGUAGCGCGUCAUCUGCACAUCAGAAAAAGAGUAGCUAAACGCAUGUUCUGAACUGAUUGCAGAAAUCUGAGCCACAGAAACCAUUCCAUGCUGGCUAUGCUACUAUUUGCACUCAGACAGGUCUUUGGCUAGAUAGUGAUAUCGUUUGACAAUAAAGGCAAUCCCAUGUUC